AUGCAAGUACUCCCACCACUUGAAACAGCAGAUGAGUUAAAAGAACAUAGAAAAGAACUCAAUAGACAAAAGCAAAAAUGGUACAGAAACAAAAAAAAAGCAAGUAAUACUAAUACUGUAUUAGAAGAAUUGCAACGCUUACUUGCCUCAGAAGUGCCAAUUGUUGUUAUUGAUUCUGCUGCAAGAAGAAUGGACCAAAUUUGUGCUAAUUGUGGUGCAAAAUUUUGGAUGGCUGAAAAAGAUCACAAUAGCAACAGAACUUCUCCAAAAUUUGCACUUUGCUGUGCCCAUGGUAAAGUGCAAUUACUACCUUUAACUGAACUGCCAGCAUAUUUACUGCAUCUAUAUACUUCAAAUAAAUCCCUUCCAAAUCAAUUUCGCAAUAAUAUUAGAGAUAAUCAAUUUCAAGGACAAGACGUGUCUAAUUUUCGGAUUCAUGGCCAAGUCUACCAUCGUAUUGGACCAUUACUGUUAAGCAAAGCUCACAUACCAUCGUUUGUUCAACUAUACAUCUAUGAUACAGCACAUGAAAUUGAAAACUGUUAUAACAGAAUACAAAGAUUAAAUGAAGUAAGAAACCUUAUCAAGGAAAAUGAAACUACUGAAAUUUCGAUGAUGAUCUAUAGUAAUAGAACUCAAGAUUUCCAUCAUUAUAAUGCUCCCACAGCUUCCAAAGUAGCUGUAAUUAUAGUUGGUAAUGGUCAUGAUGUAAAUCUGACAAAUCGAGACAUUCUUCUUAGAUUAUGUGACGAUGGCUGGCAUGUAAACAUAUCACUUACAGGAAAUAUAAGACGAGAAAGAGUAACAACGAUGCAAUUUUACUCAUAUAGGCUACAAGUUAGGGAUGGAAAUUGGCUACAGUAUGCAGGUCGUCUAUUUCAGCAGUAUAUUGUUGACCAAUAUGCUAAAAUAGAGCAGAAUCAUUUAAACUACCUUAAGCAGAAACAAUCGUUACUUCGAGCUAAUUUAUAUCAAGGCGUUAUGGAUGCAAUAAAUGCUGGAGAUAACAGUAACAAUGUCAGUCAUUGUAUCAUUCUUCCAUUAUUAUUUACAAGUGGACCACAUCAAAUUCUGCAAACAUCUGCUAAAGCUGAAGCUGAACCAAUUGACAAAAUAAAAAUGUACUUAGACUCAAGGUAUAUUUCAGCUUCUGAAAAUCAUCAAUAUAUUACUUUUCAAGAUGGAGAGAACCUUCAACAUGUUUUAAAUUGUGCUAACAUGCAUAUAACUAUUCUGACAGCUUGGUUUCAAAAGAAUAUGGAAAAUGUUGCAGCACAAGGGGAAAGGUAUUAUCUUCGAACCUUACUUACCUAUGUUAGAGGUGCAACUAGCUUCGAUAACCUGAAAACUGUUAAUGGAUAUGUAUGUGAAAGUUUCAAAGAAGUUUGCAUUCGUCUUGGUCUUCUUCAAGAUGAUGCUGAAUGGGAUGCAUGUUUGCUUGAAACAAGUGCUAUACAAACAGGAUAA